GAUUCCGUUUCCGGGGCGGGCCGCGAAACCCGGAAGUGGUCACCGAACGCUGCCAAGGCUCCAUGGUCUGAGUUGUCAGCCGUUGCUUUUUCGUGCUCGUUAGUCGUCGCCGCCGCCGCGCCGCCAUGGGGAAGCGACAGCACCAGAAGGACAAGAUGUACAUUACCUGUGCUGAAUACACGCACUUUUAUGGUGGCAAGAAGCCAGAUCUCCCACAAACAAAUUUUCGUCGUUUACCUUUUGACCACUGCAGUCUCUCUCUGCAGCCUUUCGUCUACCCAGUGUGCACUCCUGAUGGUGUUGUCUUUGACUUGCUGAACAUUGUUCCCUGGCUUAAGAAGUAUGGGACCAACCCCAGCAAUGGAGAGAAACUGGACGGGAGGUCCCUGAUCAAGCUGAACUUUGCCAAGAACAGUGAAGGGAAGUACCACUGCCCAGUGCUGUUCACCGUGUUCACCAACAACACCCACAUCGUGGCUGUGAGGACGACCGGCAACGUCUACGCCUACGAGGCAGUGGAACAGCUAAAUAUCAAGGCCAAGAACUUCCGGGACCUGCUAAGCGAUGAGCCCUUCUCCCGGCAGGACAUCAUCACCCUCCAGGACCCCACCAACUUGGACAAGUUCAAUGUCUCUAACUUCUAUCAUGUUAAGAAUAACAUGAAAAUAAUAGACCCAGAUGAGGAGAAGGCCAAACAGGACCCAUCUUAUUAUCUGAAAAACACAAAUGCCGAGACCCGAGAGACCCUGCAGGAGCUCUAUAAGGAGUUCAAAGGGGAUGAGAUUCUGGCAGCCACCAUGAAGGUCCCAGAGAAGAAGAAAGUGGACAAGUUGAAUGCUGCCCACUAUUCCACAGGGAAGGUCAGCGCUUCCUUUACCUCCACUGCAAUGGUUCCAGAGACCACACACGAAGCAGCUGCCAUUGACGAGGACGUGCUCCGCUACCAGUUUGUGAGGAAGAAGGGCUAUGUGCGGUUGCACACCAACAGGGGCGAUCUCAACCUGGAGCUGCACUGUGACCUGACACCAAAAACCUGCGAAAACUUCAUCAGGCUUUGCAAAAAGCAUUAUUACGAUGGCACCAUCUUCCACAGAUCCAUCCGGAACUUCGUGAUCCAAGGGGGUGACCCCACAGGCACAGGCACAGGCGGGGAGUCGUACUGGGGGAAGCCCUUCAAAGAUGAGUUCCGGCCCAACCUCUCGCACACGGGCCGUGGCAUCCUCAGCAUGGCCAACUCAGGACCCAACAGCAACAAGUCUCAAUUCUUCAUCACAUUUCGCUCUUGUGCCUACCUGGACAAGAAGCACACCAUCUUUGGACGGGUUGUUGGGGGCUUUGAUGUACUGACGGCCAUGGAGAAUGUGGAGAGUGACCCCAAAACUGACCGUCCUAAGGAGGAGAUCCGAAUCGACACCACUACGGUGUUUGUGGACCCCUACGAGGAGGCCGAUGCCCAGAUUGCCCAGGAGCGGAAGACGCAGCUCGAGGCUGUCCCGGAGACCAAAGUGAAGAGCAGCCAGCCUCAGGCAGGGAGCCAGGGCCCCCAGACCUUCCGCCAGGGCGUGGGCAAGUACAUCAAUCCAGCAGCCAAGAAGCGAGCGGCAGAGGAAGAGCCCUCAACCAGUGCUACUGUCCCCACUUCCAAGAAGCAGCCCAGUCGGGGUUUUGGGGACUUUAGCUCCUGGUAGUAGCAGGCUGUUCGAUGACUGCUGGAGGCUUGUCUGCUCCUUGUCACCCUGCUGCACACCAGCCCCUGGCCUUUCAUCGUGCUGAGAACAAAGACUACAACCCGGCUCACUCCGCCGCCUCUCCAGCCGCUUACCCCUGCCUGUGACUGGGCUCUAGUGACUUCUGAUGCCCGCUGUGCCUCCCACCAGGCACUGCCCUCAGUGAGGCCUGGUCCAGCCUGGUAGUAACUCGCUUGUAAGAGACUCAGACACCAAAUUGGGCCUGCACAGGAGAGGUGCAGUAGGACAGUGACCACCCACGGGUCUACAUACCUGUAGGCCUCUGAGCCAGUGCCCGAGGUAUGUGUGUGAGGGAGCGGGGUGGGGGUGGGGUGGGGUGGUGAAGGCCUGAACAGGGAGGGAGAAGGAGGUUUGAAAGGACCCAACACCCUAGCUGGCCCUGACUCUAUUCUCUGGCCACACUCAAAUCCCCAUGAUGGUGGGGGCAGAGAAGUAGGACCAGGCCGCCCUUGGCUCCAGAGCUCCAUGACCCCAAGACAGCCCUCUGCUCUCGGUGGCGCCACAGAGAGCCUGAGCUCAGCCUUCUGAAUCAGGUCAUGGCCUCAUCCACUGAAGGGACAAUUUUAACAUUUGACAUCAGAAGCUUUAUUUGUAAACCUCACACAGAUAAUGACCAAGGGCUGGCAGUGCGGCCAGAGGACAGAGCAGGCUGAAGGCCCCAUGCUUGGGCUCGGCAGUUUUGCUCUGUGAAGCUGCCAUGGGUGAUCUUCCAGCCUCACCAGUGGUCUGCAAAUGCAGGAAGGGCUUCAGGGCUGUCUGACCCGGGGGCAGAGGAUAGGCCUCCAAGGACCUUUGGGCAAGUGAGGGUUUACAUUUCUGUAGUUUGUUUUAGAGCUUAAUUUGUAGUUUUCUAGAUAUUAAAACCACUUGGAUUUUGUAACGACCUGAUGAGGGCAUCAGGUAAAUUAAAGGAUUUGGGGAAGAUUCUUA